AUGGCUCACUGUUCUAUAAAGGAUACUGGCAUAACGGUAUCCCAUUUGAGUUGGUGGUAUGUCGUUUCGUCUUACGAAGAACUCAGAACAGGGAAACAGAAGGUGAAAACCUCGGCUGAGACUUUCAGUUGUCCGUAUUGCCCUGAGAGGAAACAGGAUUAUAAGUACAAUGAACUUCUUAAUCAUGCCACUGGGAUCGGUAGGAGUAGUUCUGAUAAGAGAAGUGAUAAAGAGAAAGGUUGUCAUUUGGCUUUGGUAAAAUAUCUGGAACAAGAUCUUAUGAGUAAGGACGGUGCAUUGAAAUCUGUAGAUCAAGGGUCGAACACAAUAAGUCCAGGACAAACUGUAAUGUCUCAUUGUUCUAUCAAGGAUACCGAUAUAAGUUGGUGGUAUGUAGAUACAGCUUACGAAGAGCUAAGAAAUGGAACUCGGAAUGUGAGAACCUCAGACGAGAGUUUCAUCUGUCCGUACUGCCCUCAGAGAAAACAGGAUUAUGCGUAUAGGGAACUCCUAGAGCAUGCUUUUAUGGUCGGUCGGAGUAGUUCUGAAAAGAGAAGUGCCAGAGAGAGGGCUAAUCAUCUCGCAUUGUUGAAGUAUUUGGAAAAGGAUAUUGUGAGCAUGCCUGGACCGUCAAAACCCGUCGAUAAAACUAGUUUUUGUCUUUCAGAUACAAAAUUGAUAAGCCAAGGACAAACUGUCACGCCUCAAUGCUCUAACAAGGUUACCGAUUCGAGUGAAUCUCAAAUAAGUCGGUUGUAUGUAGAUAAAUUUUAUAAAGAACUCAAGAAGGGAAGUCUCAAAGUGAGAAUCUCAGAAGAGACUUUCACUUGUCCGUACUGUCCGAAAAUGAAAAGACCGAAUUAUGUGUACAGGGAACUCCUUGAACAUGCUUCUGGGGUUGGUCAGAGUAGUUCGCUAAAGAGAAGUGUCAAAGAGAAGGCAACUCAUCUGGCUUUAAUGAAAUAUUUGAAAAAUGAUAUAAUUGUGAAUGUGAUUGCUCCAGCAAGGCCUGUGAAUGAAGGAACCGCGGUACCAAGCCGGGAAGCAAGAACCGUAGUACCAAGGUGGGAAGAAAAUGUGACACCUCUAUGUUCCGACAAAGAUUCUGACAAAAGUGCAUCUCAGAUUAAUGCGAGGCAAAUAAAAAAAGCAUAUGAACAACUAAAAAAGGGGAGUCAAAAUGUGAAAACCUCUAAUUCAACUUUCAUUUGCCCUUACUGUCCUAAUAGAAAGAGAAAACGGGAUUACGUGUACAGGGAAAUCAUUGAACAUGCUUCUGGGGUGGGUUGGAGUAUCUCGCAAAGUAGAAGUGGCAUUGAAAAGGCGAAUCAUCUGGCUUUGGUCAAAUACUUGAAAAGGGAUCUUAUAAAUGUCAGUGGAUCUUCAGAACCUACAAAUGAAGGUACCACAACUUCGAACCGAGGAGAAACUUUAUCGGGUCACACUUAUGAGAAUGAUACUAAUAAAAGGGCAUCUCAAAUAAAUGUGUUGUUUGUAAAUAAAUCCUAUGAAGAACUCAAAAGGGGACGUUACAAGGUGAAAACAUCAAAAGAAACUUUCUCAUGUCCGUAUUGCCCCAAGAGAAAAUGCGAUUAUAGGUACAGUGAGCUCCUUAAUCAUGCUUUAGGGGUCGGUCAGAGCGACUCACAAAAGAGAAGUGUAUUGGAAAAAGCCAAUCAUCUAGCUUUAGUGAAAUAUUUGGAAAAGGAUCUUAUGAUUAUGAAUGUGGAACAUCCGAUAAAACCUGUAAAUUUGGAAAAGAAUCUUGUGAAUGUAAGACAACAUCCAACGAAACCAACAAAUCGAGGCAUUCUUGUCGAUUCCGAAAUGCAGUUUGUGUGGCCGUGGACUGGGAUUGUGGUUAACAUUCCCACGAAAAUGACAGAAGCCGGGCGAUGUUUUGGUGAAAGUGGUUCCAAGCUAAGGGAUGAAUACCGAGUCAGGGGCUUUAAUCCACGUCGAGUCCGCCCACUCUGGAAUUCCUGGGGUCACACCGGAGCUGCAGUUGUGGAAUUCAAUAAAAGUUGGCUAGGGUUAUAUAAUGCAUUGGCAUUUGAAAGAGCGUAUGAAUUAGAUCAUCAUGGGAAAAAGGAUUGGCUUUCUUAUACCGAACAAAAAUCCGGUCUUUAUGCGUGGAUUGCCCGAGCUGAUGACUAUCAAAUGAACAAUACAAUCGGGGAACAGCUACAGAAGAUGGAUGUUAAAACAAUAUCUGAAAUCAUGGAACAUGAUGCUAGAAUGUUCAAUAAAUUUGUGUCUAGUAUGACUAACAUUAUUCAGGUAAAGAAAAACAAGAUAAAAGAAAUGGAAGUAGUAUGCGAUGAAAUUACACUUCGCAUGGACGUUGUAAUGGACGAAAUAGACAGACUCUCUCAAUCUCAUUGUCAAGAGAUGAAGAAAAUACAGUCAAGUGCAACUCAACACUUUCAGAGUAUUUUGAAUGGUCAUGAACGACUUAAGUUGCAACUGGAAUCUCAGAAAAAAGAACUUGAGUUGCGAAGAAUUGAACUGGAAAAACGCGAGGCAAAUAAUGAAAGUGAAAGAAAGAAGUUGGAAGAUGAGAUUAACGAGACUUCAACGAAAAACCGCUUUCUUCAAAUGGCUGCUCUGGAGCAACAGAAAGCCGGAGAAAAUGUUUUGAAACUGGCCGCAGAUCAAAAGCGGCAAAAAGAACAGCUCCAUGCGAAAAUCAUUCAGCUUGAAAAACAACUAAAUCUGAAACAAAAACUGGAAUUGGAGAUUCAGCAACUAAAAGGAAAAUUAAAUGUCAUGAAGCACAUGGAAAAUGAUGGAGACUUUGAUGUUCUGGAUAUGAUGGAUGCUUUACACAUAGAUUUAAGAGAAAAGGAACAGUCUCUUCGAGACAUGGACGCAUUGAACCAAACACUGAUCGUUAAAGAGCGUAAGAGCAACGACGAACUGCAGGAAGCUCGAAAGGAAUUGAUUACUACCAUUAAAGAGAUACCGAGUCGUUCCAAUAUUGGUGUGAAGAGAAUGGGGGAGCUUGGUUAUAGACCAUUUCUAGAAGCUAUGAAGAGAAAAUUUAACGCAGAUGAUGCAGAAGAUAGAGCUUCGGAACUAUGUUCGUUAUGGGAAGAGUAUCUGAAGGACCCUGACUGGCAUCCAUUUAAAAUUGCUCUAAUUCAAGGGAAACACGAGGAAGUUAUAGACGAUGGAGAUGAAAAGCUGAAAGAACUUAAAAACGAGAUGGGGGAAGAAGUCUACGGAGCUGUGGUGGCUGCAUUGAAAGAGAUAAAUGAAUAUAAUCCAAGUGGACGGUACGUAACGUCGGAGUUAUGGAAUUAUGCAGAGGGAAAGAGAGCAACUUUGCUAGAAGGAGUACAAGUUUUAUUGAAGCAAUGGAAAUUAAAUAGACAAAAAAUGGGAAUGAUAUGA